GCCGCGCGCAGGCGCGGACAGUUCGCACGCAUUCUACGUAACGGAUGGCGGAGACUACGUGAAGAGUGGCUCAGCGUGACUGAGCUACCUGGUCCGGCUGUGUCCUAGAGGGAUCGGGGGCGGUAAAAUCGCGGUGACCGCUCAGGUGGCAGCCGGGCCGAGAAGCGGCGGCCGCAGGAGCACUGGGCCGGGUUUUAGCCGCAGUACAGGUUUUUAAGACCAGCCCCAGUUACUGAGAGACUACCGAGUGAGUUAGGUGCAAUGAAAGCCUUCCUUGCUUUCUGUGUUCUCCUUUUGGUGUUCGGGAGUGUCUCUGAAGCCAAGUUUGAUGAUUUUGAGGAUGAGGAAGACAUAGUAGAAUAUGAUGAUAAUGACUUUGCUGAAUUUGAGGAUGUCACGGAAGAUUCUGUUACUGAAUCUCCUCAACGGGUGAUAACAACUGAAGAUGAUGAAGACGAGACCACUGUGGAGUUAGAAGGGCAGGAUGAAAACCAAGAAGGAGAUUUUGAAGAUGCAGAUACCCAGGAGGGAGAUACGGAGAGUGAGCCAUAUGAUGAUGAAGAAUUUGAAGGUUAUGAAGACAAACCAGAUACUUCUUCUAGCAAAAAUAAAGACCCAAUAACAAUUGUUGAUGUUCCUGCACACCUCCAGAACAGUUGGGAGAGUUAUUAUCUAGAAAUUUUAAUGGUGACUGGUCUGCUCGCCUACAUCAUGAAUUAUAUCAUUGGGAAGAAUAAAAACAGCCGCCUUGCUCAAGCCUGGUUUAACACUCAUAGAGAGCUUUUGGAGAGCAACUUUACCUUAGUAGGGGAUGAUGGAACUAACAAAGAAGCCACAAGCACAGGAAAGCUGAACCAGGAGAAUGAGCAUAUCUACAACCUGUGGUGUUCUGGCCGAGUGUGCUGUGAGGGGAUGCUUAUCCAGCUGAGGUUCCUCAAGAGACAAGACUUACUGAAUGUCCUGGCCCGGAUGAUGAGACCAGUGAGUGAUCAAGUGCAAAUAAAAGUAACCAUGAAUGAUGAAGACAUGGAUACCUACGUGUUUGCUGUUGGCACUCGGAAAGCCUUGGUACGACUCCAGAAAGAGAUGCAGGAUCUGAGUGAGUUUUGUAGUGACAAACCUAAGUCUGGAGCAAAGUAUGGACUGCCAGACUCCUUGGCCAUCCUGUCAGAGAUGGGAGAAGUCACAGAGGGAAUGAUGGAUACAAAGAUGGUUCACUUUCUUACACACUAUGCUGACAAGAUUGAAUCCGUUCAUUUUUCAGACCAGUUCUCUGGUCCAAAAAUUAUGCAAGAGGAAGGUCAGCCUUUAAAGCUACCUGACACUAAGAGAACACUAUUGUUUACAUUUAAUGUGCCUGGCUCAGGUAACACUUACCCAAAGGAUAUGGAGGCUUUGCUACCCCUGAUGAACAUGGUGAUUUAUUCUAUUGAUAAAGCCAAAAAGUUCCGACUCAACAGAGAAGGCAAACAGAAAGCAGAUAAAAACCGAGCUCGAGUAGAAGAAAACUUCUUGAAGCUGACACACGUGCAGAGACAGGAAGCUGCACAGUCGCGGCGCGAGGAGAAGAAAAGAGCAGAGAAGGAGCGAAUCAUGAACGAGGAGGAUCCUGAGAAACAGCGCAGGCUGGAGGAAGCUGCCUUGAGGCGUGAGCAAAAGAAAUUAGAGAAGAAGCAAAUGAAAAUGAAACAAAUCAAAGUGAAAGCCAUGUAAAAUCAUCCCAGAGACCAGAGUCCUGAUGCCACCUGUAAGCUCUGAAUUUACUGGAAACAUAAAAAAUACCGGUCCAUUUCUCAUCUUAAAGUUCAAACACUCGCAAAGUGACUAAGAAAUCCUUAUUUCAUCAUCUGUUCUGUUUUUGGUUCGGAGUUUUAUAGAGGUUAUAGAUGGAAUGGAAGGACUCUGUUUCAGUAAUUCUCUUCCAGAUAACCAAAUUAUUUUGAUUACUUUAUAAAAGGAAUGAUAUAUGAGAUCUGUGUAGUUUUAAAAUAUUUUUAAAAUUAUAACAUGAAUCAUCAGUGCUUUUAGUGCUUUGAUGUUUGAAGAAAUAUCAUGAAAUUUAUAGAUACAUAAUUAGAUUGUUGCUUUUUGUUUAAACUGGGUAGUUGCCAAGGCUAUAAAGACUGACCCUAAACCAAGAUUCCACAAAUAACUAUUGGAAUUGCACAAUAAAUAUUGCUUGGUGUUUUCUUCUGUGUGUACAUUAACCUUGUAAAAAAGUAAAAUUUAGAACACUAUAUGUGGUAUUGAAAUUUCAGGGACUCAAAACGUAAUGUAGUUCAGUGUAUGUUUUGUAGCUGGGAGGUGCUGAUGACAGUGUUAUAUCUAUAGGGUUUAGGAUACUUACAUGUACAUGGAAAAUUCUAAGGAUAGGUAGUACAGGAGCACAGUUUUUUCCUGAGCUGAUACCACAAGCUAAUGACAAUGUGAAUGCUGUAUUUAAGUGGUUGUACGUUUUCCUGGAGUAACAAAUGCAUGAAAAAUUAACUGCUUCACCUAGAUCAGAUCAGUGGUCUAUGUGAAGUUACACAUGUUUUUCCUUCUUGGUUGUUGCAAACUAUUGGAUGUUCAUAGAGAAGCUCUAUUCUCUAUUUAUGGCUGUGUCCCUUUGCUUUUCCUUCUGCUUUUAUUUCUUCCACAGUUGAGGCUGGGUAUAUUCUUUCAAAGAAAUAGCCAUGAAUAUGCAUAAAUAUACUUUUAAAAAUGAGCUUUCCUAAACUAUUGAGAGUUCUUUCUGCCUCUUGAGGAGGGAACUCUUGGGGGAGAGGCCCAUCUAUCUGCACGAGCAUUUAGCUUGUUCAGAUCUCUGCAUUUUAUAAAUGCUUCCUAAAGAAAGCAUUUUUUAAGUCACUGCUUGUACCAGGUAAUUUUUGCUGGGGACGGGAAAAGGUUGGGUUUUUUGGUGGGAGAGGGGUGGGGGGAUAUUUUUUUGUUGAUGCUUUAUGUGCAGGUGUGUUCUGAGGCAAUAACAAGUUGUGAAAGCAGUAUGUGCUGCUGCCUUUGUAACUGCAUGGAAACUUUUCACAUGGAUUUUUUUCUAAGUUAAUGCAGAAAUGUGUAAACUGGGAGAUGCAAAUAUAAUAUUUUUUUUAACAGUUCAUGAAAUUAAGUUAUUAAAAUAACAAAAAUAACGUAAGAAUUACUUUAAUGCUAUAUAAUUCUAGAAUGAGCCUUGUUUUACAAAGUUUAAAAUACAUUUUAGAAAUCAAAGUUGAUAUGCUUAGCUAUCUUUUGAUUAAUAAAAGCUUUCUUAAAGUCCCACACAUUUGGACCAUGGCAGCUAAUUUUGUAAUUUAAGCAUUCAUAUGAACUACCAAUGGACAUACAUUAAACUAAUUGACAAAAA